AUGCAUGCGUCCAUCGCGCACGCGCGCGCACGCGUCGUCGCGAGCGCGUCCUCGACGUCGUCCUCGCGAUCGACGGCGGACGCGCCGCCGCUGCCUCGACACGCACGCUUGGGGUCGUCGGGCUUGCUCGUCACGGAUGUGUGUCUCGGGACGAUGACGUUCGGGGUGCAAAACUCCGAGCGAGAGGCGCACGAGCAACUCGAUUACGCGGUGAAUCGACGAGGGGUGAACUUCAUCGAUACGGCGGAGAUGUACCCGGUGCCGAUGAGCGACCCGUCGUGGCAGCCGGGACGUACGGAGGAGUACAUUGGGAGCUGGCUCAAUAAGAAGUCGGCGUCGAGGAGCGAGCUCGUCAUCGCGACCAAGAUCGCUGGUUUCGGCGCGAGCGAGAGAAUCGUGAAUAAUCGCUCUACGGCGCGCGGCGGGGGCAAGGCGACGGGGCGUUUAGAUAAGGCGAGCGUUAUCGCUGCGUGCGACGCGAGUCUUCGCCGAUUGAACACGGAUUACAUCGAUCUCUACCAACUGCAUUGGCCCGAUCGAUACGUGCCCAUAGGUGCAUUCUUCGGCUCACCCGCGUACGAUCCAGCGCGUGAGCGUGCGGGCUCGGUUCCGAUCCGCGAGACGGUCGAAGCUCUCGGCGAACUCAUCGCGAGUGGGAAAAUCAGGCACUAUGGACUCUCGAAUGAGAGUACGUUUGGCGUGUGCGAGUUCGUUCGUGCCGCAGAUGAGCUCGGUAUUCCUCGUCCCGUGUCGAUUCAGAACUCAUUCUGUCUGCUGCAUCGUUCGUUUGAGACUGAACUCGCGGAGGCGUGCGCGGAGUCGAACUACGAUAUCGGCUUGCUCCCCUGGACGCCGCUUGGUGGUGGCGCGCUCACAGGCAAAUAUCUCGACGGCGCCAACAAUCCGUCCGAGGGGCGCUUGAUCAAGUACAAAAAGUAUGGAUUCCAUCAAAGAUAUCUCAACGAUCCCUCGCGCGAGGCCACGGAGGAGUACAAGAAAAUUGCGGACGAGGAAGGUGUUUCGUUAGCCACACUCGCGUUAGCAUGGUGCAGAUCGCGAUGGUACGUGUCCAGCACCAUCAUCGGCGCCACGACCAUGGAGCAGUUAGAAGAGAACAUCGACGCUCUGGCUCCGUCGACGAUGCUAUCGGAGGGUGCUCUCGAGGCGAUCGACAAGGUGCACGAGCGCUGUCGCGAUCCGUCCAUUCAAACUGAGUUCACGCGACCGGCGUUUGUGAGCUGA